AUGGAAGCAAUUACAUGGCUUCCAUUAAUGUUUCUAAUUCUGUGCUCUGUGAGAGGAGAAUUUCUUCCCAACAUUGGUGCUCACUUGAUGAAUUGCAUGGAGUCGGACCGAGAAGCUCUCAUUGACUUCAAGAAUGGCCUUCAUGAUCCUGCAAACAGGCUUUCUUCAUGGAAGGGAAGCAACUGUUGUCAUUGGUGGGGAAUAAAUUGUGAAAACACUACUGGAGCUGUUAUUGCAGUUGAUCUUCGACAGUAUCUUGAUGCUUCUUGUGAUGAUAUUUGGGAAAGGUCUAGUUUAUUUGUUGAUAAUCUAAAAUGGUUAACAGGUCUUGUUUCUCUAAAGCAUCUUGUGAUGAAUGAAGUUAAUCUUUCAAUGGUAGGAUCAUACUGGAUUAGGCAACUGAAUAAACUCCCAUCCUUAACCGAGUUGCAUCUAUCUUCUUGUCGCUUAUUUGGUUCCAUUCCACCUCCUACCUUUUUAAAUUUAACUUCAAUUAUUAUCCUAGAUCUUAGUGUUAACCAAUUCCUUCCAAAAGUCCUCGAUUGUCUUGUCAAUGUUAGCAGCCUUGUUACUUUGGAUAUGAGCAAUAAUUGGUUGGAUGGAAGAAUUCCACUUGAUUUUAGUGAACUACCAAAUUUGCAGUUUUUAUAUCUGGGAGCCAGUGGUCUUUCAGAAAGUUGUCAUCAAAUGUUGGGGGGACAAUGGGAGAAGAUACAAGUCCUUGACUUCGGCGGGAAUGAUCUCCAUGGGAAACUUCCUUCUUCCAUUGGAAACAUGACAUUUCUCAGUCACUUAGAUCUUUCUAACAAUAGUGUUGACAGUGGGAUUCCAAGCUCAAUCGGAAAACUUUGCAAUUUUAUUUCGUUAGAUGUGUCUCGUAAUUACAUCAAUGAAACUUUACCAAAAUUCCUUGAAGGAAUAGAAAUUUGCCUUUCUAGGAAUCCAUUUCCUAUUCUGCAAUCUUUCGACUUGUUAGAUAAUUACCUGGUUGGUAAUUUACCGGAAUGGUUGGGUCACAUUGAGAAUCUUGUUGAGCUUGAUUUGUCCUUUAACUAUCUAAAUGGUCAAAUCCCAGCUUUUUUCGGAUCAUUCCAAAAUCUUUCUAGGGGGCCACUGCCUAGUCUGCAAUAUUUGGACUUGUCAGAUAAUUACCUGGUUGCUUCUUUCGGAUCACUCCAAAAUCUUUCGAGGAGGCCACUACUAAAUCUGCAAUUUUUGGACCUGUCAAACAAUCAAUUGGUUGGUAAAUUACCAGAGCGGUUGGCUCAGCUCGAGAAUCUUGUUGACCUUGAUUUGUCCAAUAACUCUCUAUAUGGUCCCAUCGCAACUUCUUUUGGAAUAUUACAGCAAAAUCUAACUAUUAUGGGUCUAGGAGAGAAUGAGCUAAACGGGACCCUCCCAGAAAGUUUGGGACAACUUUCUGAUUUGGAGUACUUUGAUGUUUCAUUCAAUAAAUUGACAGGUAUAGUUACUGAAGCACAUUUUUUAAAGCUAAAAAAGCUAGGGCAUUUAGAUCUAUCUUCAAACUCUUUCACCUUGGAUGUCAAUUCCAACUGGGUUCUUCCAUUCCAGGUCUCUUUUCUUGGAAUGGGUUCCUGCCAUUUGGGACCUUCAUUUUCGACUUGGCUCAAAUCACAAAAAUAUGUCGAGCAUUUGGAUUUCUCAAAUGCUAGCUUUUCUGGCUCCGUACCUGACUGCUCAAAUAACUUCAGUGGUUCUGUUCCUAUUCCAAGUGGCAGCUUUUACUUACUCGAUCUAUCCAAAAAUAAAUUUUCUAGUAAUAUUCCAAAUAAAUGGAAUAUUACCGGUGGUACCUUUGUUUUCCUUUCUAUUGCUAACAACCAGAUAAAUGGAGAAAUUCCUGCUUGGAUAGGCAACAUUGUUCCUGGACUUGAAGUCUUUGAUCUUUCCAAUAACAACUUAAUAGGAAGUAAUCCAUCAAGCAUUGGAAAUUGUUCUGGUCUUGCUGCACUAGACCUUAGUAAUAACCAUUUGUCUGGAACCAUUCCUACCUUCUUGGGUCAAUUAAGUGGGCUUAAAUCAUUGCACCUAAAUGACAACAAGUUCCACGGACAGCUCCCAUCAUCUUUCCAAAACUUAUCGAGUUUGGAGACCCUAAGUCUUGGGAACAACAGAUUAAAUGGUAGCAUUCCACCAUGGAUUGGUUCAAUACAAAUCCUGGACUUAGUAGAAAAUCAGUUGACAGGCAGUAUUCCUGCUAGCUUUGGACAUUUCAACGCUAUGUUACAAGCCCAAAUCAUUAACCGUUAUUUGUGGUAUGGGGCUGCCAGUAUUUACCAAAAUGCCGCAUAUGGGAAAAAUACUAAUGGCUACAUAGGUAGCAUGGAGUUUGGCAACUACUAUGAAAGCUUUGUUGUAAAUAUGAAAGGCCAACUUCUAAGAUACACCAAGACCCUCUCUCUUGUAACCAUGAUAGACCUCUCAGGGAAUAACUUGAGUGGAGAUCUUCCUAUAGAGAUGACAAAUUUGUUGGGUUUGGUCGUUCUCAACUUGUCAAGAAACCGUUUCACUGGUCACAUUCCCAAGAGCAUUUCGAAGAUGAAGCAAUUGUCUUCUCUUGAUCUCUCGCGUAAUGGGUUCUUCGGUGCUAUUCCUUCUUGGAGUUCUUAUGUUGAUAAUCUUGGGUGGGUGACAAGUCUUGUCUCUUUAGAACAUCUUGUGAUGAUAGAGUGA